UGUGCAAGAGGCUUCAGUGCUGACAGUGAAUAACAGAACGCAAUCGUCGGCCUUGUUCGGUUAUUACUAUACUCAGUACUGAAAAUCUAUAGGCUUAUGUGACGUAUACUAUAGAUUUUUAAGUACUGUCAACGAUAACUGAAGGUUACCCACUUCACAGAAGUUUCAAUAUAAACAGUCAGUUUCCGUGUUUGUAUAAAUAAUUUUUAAUAUCCGUCCUAAUGAUCUCAUCAGCAAUUGAAACAACAAAAAAUGCCGAUGAAUUGACGACUGUUCGAGAUGAUCUAUACGAUGUAGAAAAGUGCGUUCGGUGGAUUCAGGCAAACGAAUUAAAACAGGUAUGUCUGCAGUUUCCAGACAGCUUGUUAUCAGAUUCGGUAGACGUUGCCUUACGCAUAGAAAAAAAUAUAGGACAGAAAGUAUACAUUUUGGGAGAUACAACCUGUGGUAGUUGUUGCGUUGACGAAAUAGCUGCACAACAUAUUAACGCAGAUGGUUUAAUACAUUUUGGACAUGCUUGUCUUAAUCCUACGGUUCGUUUACCAGUACUUCAUAUUUUGCCAAAUAAACAACUCGACGUGACAAAACUCAUUGAUGAGUUUAAGCGAAUUUUUUUAGAUGAUACAAAGAAAAUCUUAUUCUUCUAUGAUGUGGCAUAUGCACAUAAUAUUGAACAUAUAUAUAAUUUAUUGAAACCUACAUAUAAACAUUUAGUUUUAUCUAAAUUGAAUUGUACGUCAAAUGUGGAAUAUAUUGAUGCAAAAACAACCUCAGUCCCAAUUGUUUUGGGCAGAAGUUACACAUUGGAAAAUGGAUAUAACAUACAAGAUUAUGAAGGAUUCUUUUUGGGAGAUGGAAAAACUUUUUCAUUGUUAGCAAUGGGUAUAUCUGUGAAGAAAUGGUACUGUUUCACAAAUAAUACUAUUAAUGAAUUUGAAGCGUUGAAUACUCCUUGGCUAAAACGACGAAGAUUUUUAAUCGAAAAAUUGAAAGAUGCUAAAGUUGUGGGAAUUGUAGCGGCUACAUUAAGCAUUAAAGAAUAUUUGGUGUCUAUAAACACGGUGAAAAAAAUUCUUAAACAAAAAAAUAAGAAAUCUUAUAUUCUCAGUGUAGGAAAAAUAAAUCCUGCCAAACUUGCAAAUUUUCCAGAGAUUGACAUUUUUGUUGUCAUAGCUUGUCCAGAGCAUGAAGUAUUUGACUCAAGAGAUUUCUUAAGACCUAUACUUACGCCGUACGAAGUUGAAUUAGCAUUUAAUAGUGCAAGAGAGUUUUCUCCGCAAUAUUUUAUGGAUUUCCGACAGAUAUUACCCGGUGGUUCUCACUACAUCGAUUUUAAACCAUCAACAGAUACAGAUGUUUCUCUUAUUACUAGCAAUAUCAGACACUGUGAAGAUGAUGCUUCGUAUACAGAUAAAAUGUCUGCUCUGGAAAUUCGUUCUUCAGGUGCAAUUGCAAUUGGUAAGGCUGGAGCUCAAUAUUUGCAAGAAAGAUCUUGGAAAGGUGUUGAACAAAGAUUAGGAGAAGAUCCUGUACAGCCGGCAGAACUAGGUCGCAGUGGAAUAGCGUGGGAAUACACAAAUGAACCUUUAAAACCAAAUAAUCAUGCUACACAAGCGCAAUAAAUAUAGUGCUUCUUUAAAUAUAGAAAAUAUUAUUAUAAAGUUUCUCUCAUAAGGUUUGUGUGAGAGCAUACAAAAAAUGUGAAACAAUCCUGGUCUGAAAAUUUUUAAAAAUCUCCCUCGUUGUAAUUGGUUUUUUUAAUAACUAGAGAUGUUCAGGACUUUUUCUGUUGUGGCAAAGUGGAUUUAUUUUAUUUAUGUACCUAUAGAUAUGUAAUAAGACUGUUACUUUUUGGAACGAC